AUGAUGUCCUAUGCUACAACAAUUUGGAAGCAUCAUCAAGUGGUUGCUGCAUGUAUUCCGAGAAUCUCCUUACCUAUCCUAUCACUGAGAUAUUCAUCAACGAAUGUAAAUCCUGUUGGAAAUGACUUAGAAAUGGCUAAUGCAAAGCCUAUGGAUCAGAUCCCAGGGCCGAAAGGAUUACCAAUCAUUGGUACACUGCUAGAUUAUGUCAGAAAUGAUGGCUGGGGAUUCAAGAAUUUAUUUGCUAUAACCGAAGAAAGAAGACAGCAGUAUGGACCAAUUUAUAAAGAGAAAAUGGGACAUUAUUCUAUUGUCUAUGUUUCCACAGUGGAAGAUGCAGAGAAGGUACUACGUGCGGAAGGCAAAUAUCCAGAUAGAAAUCCUAUUAUACCACUAGUGGAGUACAGGAAGAAGCGCAACCUGUCCAUGGGGGUUAUACUUUCAGCUAAACACUAUUAUGCAGAAUUUAUUUUUAUUUCUAUUUCCAUAAUUACAGCCGUUGCAGGUAUUUUGCUUGAAAAACGUCUGGGAAUGUUUAAAGAGCCAAUUGAGCCCAAAGUCGAAGAAUUCUAUCAGUCUGUUACCAAAAUAUUAGAAGCUACCAGCGAUUUAUUGACAGUUCCCGUCUUCGUUUUCAAGUAUAUCUUCAAUAAAAAUUGGAAAAAACUGGGAGCCAAUACUCUUUUAUGGAUGCUGUAUGAUAUCGGUAAAAAUCCACGUGUGCAAAAUAGAUUACGCGAUGAAAUUAGACGCGUUAUGAAAGAUUCCAAAGAACCCAAUCUAGAUUUAUUUCAAAAGAUGCCAUACUUACGUGCAUGCCUGCAAGAAACAUUAAGAAUUCAUCCAAUUUCCGUUGCCUUACCACGAAUCAUUAAUGAAGAUCUUGUACUUAGUGGAUAUAAAGUGCCAGCUAAGAGUUUCGUCUGGAUCGGACAUUACUUUAUGGCUAGAGAUGAAUCAGCUUUCACUAAUCCAAGUCAAUACAUGCCAGAGCGAUGGCUAAGAGGCAGUGAUCGCCAAGGAAAUAAAAGUGAGAGUCGAUUUCAAUAUUUACCAUUUGGCUAUGGUCCUCGAAUGUGUAUUGGAAAACGUAUAGCAGAAAUGGAAAUAUAUACCUUAAUGUCAAAGAUCAUGCCUAUACAAGAAUUAACGGAAAAUAUAUCGGAUAAUCAUUAUCCUAAUAUAGUUAAGGAAUACAAUAAAUCACAGUUCCUGUAG